CCAUUUUCAUUAAUAACUGCCACUUAGAGGUACCCAAGUAAAGGAUUUUUGCUAUAUUUAAUAUUUUCCAGUUCAGGUUGGAGGCGCAGGUAGCAACAAGAUGGGUUUAGAAAAAUAUAGGAUGUUCUUAGAGGAAAUUUCAGAGUUAAUUUUGAGUGAAAUGCCAAAAGCUGACUUUUCCAGUAUAUUCAAUGAUUUUGUUGAAUCUGAAUUUUUUCUCAUUGAUGGAGAUUCAUUGCUUGUCAUGUUCAUAUGUGAGGAAUCAUUAAAGCAGGGGCAGGAGCUCCAUUUCUUCUAUUUGGUUGAACGCUACCUUGUGGAUAUUAUUAGUAAAGGAGGACAAUUUGCCAUAGUUUUCUUCAAGGAUGCUGAGUAUGCAUAUUUCAACUUCCCUGAACUUCUUUCUUUGAGAACUGCUUUAAUUCUUCAUCUUCAGCAUAAUAACACCAUUGAUGUUCGAACACAAUUUUCUGGAUGCUUAUCACAAGAAUGGAAAAAUUUUUUGAAAGAGAGUUACCCAUAUUUCCUGAUAGUUGCAGAUGAAGGCUUGAACGAUCUACAAACACAUCUUUUCAACUUUUUAAUCAUUCAGUCUUGGUCAAUGAAGGUCAAUGCUGUGCUUUCCUCAGGACAAGCAUCUGACGUUCUUCGGCUUUAUGCGUACUUUAUGCUAAGCAGGCACAGACAACAAACGUUUUUCAAGCAGAAUGAAAAGAAGAUUGAGAAUGCUUAUAAAGCCCUGAUUAAACAAUUAGAAGGAUGUAGGGUUUUGGCAUUUGAACCUAUUUUUGGAAAUUCAAGAUGGAACAAUAUGAUUGAAGAGGCAUCCGAAAUAAUUUCUCUGCUUAAGCAACUCUGGCCAGAAGGAUCUGACAUUCGGCGUGUUCUUUGUGUUACUUCAUGCUCCCUGACCCUGAGAAUGUACCGUGACUUUUUAGAAAACAGAAAGAAGACCACCUCUGGUCAGGAAACUAACAUCCAACAGGUGAAAGGCGAUUGCUUAAGCCUGCGAUGGAUGGAAGAUCUGUGUAAGCUGCAUUGUCUCAGUGUGGUUUUUCUACUCCACUUACCUCUUUCUCAAAGAGCUUGUACCAGAGUCAUCACUUCCGAUUGGAUCGAGGACAUUCAGACUUUCCUAAAAAUGAGAAAGUGGUGUGAAUAUUUCAUCCUAAAUAAUAGAAACAUUUUUGAAUUUUGGAAUCUGAAUUUAAUUCACCUUUGUGACUUAAGUGAUGAGCUUUUGUUGAAGAAUAUUGCUUUUUACUAUGAAAAUGAAAAUGUUCAAGGCCUACAUUUGAAUUUGGGAAAUGACAUUAUGAAAGAUUAUGAAUAUCUCUGGGAUGCUGUAUCAAAGUUGGUCAGAAAGUUUGAUGUUGGAAAGCCAUUUCCUCUGAGAACAACACAACUUAAUUUUCUUAAAAAGGACCCAGUACCAAUAAAAGACACCUCCAAGGAAAAGAUGCCCAAUUUGGGUUUUAUUCCAAUGUCAUCAGAGAUGGUUGAUAAAUUUGUUGGUGACAUUUUGAAAGAUUUGCCUUUCUUAAAGAGGGAUGAUCCGAUUGUAACUUCACUGGUGAAACAUAAAGCAUUUGAUGAACUUGUACAUUGGCAUUCUCACAGACCCCUUAGUGAUGAUUAUGAUAGGGCAAAGUCCUCUUUUAAUGGAAACCCUAGAGAUCCUUAUUACCUUAAAUCUCUGCAAAAGUAUCAAGUUUUUCAGCGAUUUUAUGGAAAUUCAUUAGAAUCAGUCUCUCCCAAACUCAUUGUAACUCAAGAUGUCAAGCCAAAGAAGAAUUUCAGUAAACCCAAGACCAAAAAGGCAAAUGAGACAAAGGCUGAAAUAAUUGCUAGAGAGAAUAAAAAGAGAUUACUUGCCAAGGAAGAACAAAAAGAAGAGAAUAAGUGGAGUGUUCUGUCACACUCCAUUGAGGAGGAAAUGAAAGAGAAUUUAAACUCUGGAAUACAGAACCUGGAAGAUUUUUUGAAAUCAUGUAAAAGUAACUUGGUGAAAUAUCAAGUUGAAAUAGUAGGGUUAACUGCCUGCUUGAAAGCAUGGAAAGAACAUUGUAGAAGCCAAGGAAAAGGUGAAACCGCAAAAGAUUUAAGUAUAGCUGUUCAAAUGAUGAAAAGGAUCCACUCCUUGAUGGAAAAACACCCAGAAUUUUUGCAAGAGGCAGAUCGGCAACUCAUAGCCAGAUGCCUUAAGUAUUUAGGAUUUGACGAGUUGGCAAGUUCUUUAAAUCCAACUGAGGCUGCAGAAGAUGGCAUAAAGGAGAAGAAAAAGAAUAAAUAUUCAAUUGGCAUUGGGCCUGUUCGGUUUCAACUACAAUAUAUGGGCCAUUAUUUGCUACGAGAUGAGAGAAAAGAUCCAGAUCCCAGAGUUCAUGGUUUUAUUCCUGACACAUGGCAGCGAGAGCUCCUUGAUGUUGUGGAUAAUAAUGAAUCAGCUGUGAUUGUUGCUCCAACGUCCUCAGGCAAAACCUAUGCUUCCUACUACUGCAUGGAGAAAGUGCUAAAGGAGAGCGAUGAGGGGGUGGUUGUGUAUGUCGCACCAACAAAGGCCCUUGUUAAUCAAGUGGCAGCAACUGUUCAGAAUCGUUACAUGAAAAAUCUGCCUAAUGGUGAAACUCUAUGUGGUAUUUUUACAAGGGAAUAUCGUCAUGAUGCCCUAAACUGUCAGGUACUUGUUACAGUGCCUGCCUGCCUUGAAAUUCUGCUGUUAGCUCCUCAUCGCCAAAGAUGGGUGAAAAGGAUCAGAUAUGUUAUAUUUGAUGAGGUCCAUUGUCUUGGUGGAGAGAUUGGAGCAGAAGUUUGGGAACAUCUCCUUGUCAUGAUUCGAUGUCCCUUUCUGGCUCUUUCGGCUACAAUAAGCAACCCUGCACAUCUCACUGAGUGGCUACAAUCGAUAAAACGGUACUGGAAACAAGCAGACAAUAUAAUAGAAAAGAACACUGCUGCUAAAAGAAAUGCCGGCUAUCGUGCCAAUUUUUACAAAGACCACUUUCAAAUGAAGCAAUCAUAUAAAGUUAGACUUGUGCUCUAUGGAGAGAGAUACAAUGACUUAGAGAAGCAUAUAUGUUCGGUAAAACAUAAUGACAUUUACUUUGAUCAUUUUCACCCGUGUGCCGCACUAACAACAGAGCAUAUUGAAAGGUACGGAUUCCCUUCUGAUCUUAUGCUUUCGCCUCGAGAAACCAUCCAGCUUUAUGACACGAUGUUUGAAUUCUGGGAAAGUUGGCCCAGGGCCCAGGAGUUGUGUCCAGAGAAUUUCAUUCAUUUUAAGAAUAAAAUAGUCAUUAAGAAGAUGGAUGCUAGGAAAUAUGAAGAGAGCUUAAAGGCAGAAUUAACAAAUUGGAUUAAAAAUGGCAAUGUAGAGGAGGCCAAACAGGUCCUGAGGAAUCUUAGUCCCAAACCAGUUUCUAGUUCAGAAAACAUGAUACAAAUGUUUCCACUUCUCGUUGAAAAGCUUAGGAAAAUGGAGAAGUUACCAGCACUAAUUUUUUUAUUCAAGUUAGGAGCUGUAGAGGAGUGCGCUAAAAGUGUCAGAACUUUUUUGGAAAAGAAGCAAGAGAGAGAAAGGCCUCCCAACGCUGAUAAAGAAGCCUAUGACAUGGCUAACAAACUUCGAAAAAUUAAAAAAGCUAUCGAAAAACAAAAGAUAAUAGAUGAAAAAAGCCAGAAGAAGCCCAGGAAAAUGGAUAAAAGCCUAAUACAUGAAGCUGAACAUAACAGUCUACUCAAGAUUCUAGAGAAGAACCUGGAAAUCCCUCCAGAGUUCACCUAUGCUGACAGAAAGACAGUGGACAGCGAGCUUUUGCAGAUGGUGUUUGAUCGAGUAAAAUCCUUAAGAAAAGGUGCAGAACUGAAGGCUUUAGCAGAAAGGGGUAUCGGAUAUCAUCAUAGAUGUUUGUUUGCCAAAGAAAAACAGUUAGUUGAAAUUCUUUUUAGGAAAGGAUUUAUUAGGGUAGUGACAGCGACCGGGACACUUGCUUUAGGAAUCAAUAUGCCUUGUAAAUCUGUGGUUUUUGCUCAAAACUCAAUCUAUCUGGAUGCUUUAAAUUACAGACAGGUAUUGUGA